AUAUUGCUCCUUCUUGUCUCCUGCCUCCAUCAUCUGCAUGAGGACGCUGUCUACUUACUUAUAUCAUCAAAAUACGCAUCGUACACCCUGUUAUCUACCAGCAUCAAUCGUUAUCAACUCGUCAGAUAUUUGAGCAUCUCUGUGAAACAAAGUUAUGAAGGCACCAGCACAGAAGGCAGGAAAAAUGGGGGAUAAAUCACCAAAAGUAGCAAAAGAAAAUGUAGAAGUGAAAACACCAAAAUCAACAAAGAAAUCUGGAUCUAAGAAGACUCCAAAAGUGGACAGUAACACACCAAAAGCAUCGAUAAAUGAGGGUAACUUCCAAUCGCCACCAUCUGGAAAAAAAAAAAACAGCCAGACACCAGUAAGAAAUAUGGAUGUCACCCAAACGCCAAAAUCAGAAGAGAAAAAGAGUAAGAAAACACCCAAAUCUCAAGACAAAACCGAUUUUGUCCAAACAGAGAAGAAUACUGGAAGCAGUAGAUCGCCAGAUCAUAUUGGCAAGGAAAGUACAAUGGAUUCUUCACCAAGAGGUGGUUUCAGAGGUCGUGGGAGCUUCAGAGGAGAUCGAGGGAGCUUCAGAGGAGAUCGAGGGAGCUUCAGAGGAGACCGUGGAGGAUUCAGAGGGCGUGGUAGCUUCGGAGGGGGACGUGGGGGCUUCAGGGGAGGAGACCGUAGAGACUUCAGAGGAGGAGACCGUGGAAGCUUCAGGGGUGGAGACCGUGGAGGCUUCAGGGGUGGAGACCGUGGAGGCUUCAGGGGUGGAGACCGUGGAGGCUUCAGGGGUGGAGACCGUGGAGGCUUCAGGGGUGGAGACCGUGGAGGCUUCAGAGGUGGAGACCGUGGAGGCUUCAGGGGUGGAGACCGUGGAGGCUUCAGGGGAGGAGACCGUGGAGGCUUCAGGGGAGGAGACCGUGGAGGCUUCUGGGGUGGAGACCGUGGAGGCAUGCAGCCUGCAGAAUAUGAUCCCUGUGGGCUCUUCAUAAUGUUCCCUGAACUCAUGACCAAGAGUGAUGUCGAAAAGGUGAUGGAAGUUUCAAGUGCUGCCAAUAGUUUGAAAUUUGGAAAGAUGGUGCAAUUAUAUUUUAAUGACCCUGAGACAGCAAAUGAAGUUAAAGGGAAACUAUCAGAGAUGGACUUCGGUGGAUACCAACCACGUGUUCAACAAAGUUUCAGGAAGAGAAAGCAGGAGGACAAGCCUAAUGAAGAAACCGAGGAGUCUCCUACUAAGAAACAAAAAGUUUCAGGUUUGAGUGAAGAGAAGAAAGAGGAGAAAGAAAUGGACGAUGAUGAUGGUGACAUUUUCGGUGAUGAUGACAAUGACGAAGGCGAUGAUGAUGAUGAUGACGACGACGACGAUGACGAUGACGAAGAUUCCGAUUCUGAUUCGGAAAUAGACAACGUAUAUAAAAUGCGUUUUUUUAGGUUCGGUGAAAUGCCUGACACAAAGAUGAAGAGCAAUGAAGAUGAUGACAAUGCCGUCAAGGAUAAGGGCGAUGGAGAUGAUGGCGAUGCCGUCAAGGAUAAGGGUGAUGAAGAUGAUGAUGAUGAUGACGACGACGAUGAUGACGACGACGAUGAUGACAAUGAUGACGAUGAAGACGACGACGAAGACGACGACGAAGAUGACGAUGAAGACGAUAACGAAUAAUCACUUGUCAGUUAUCGUUAGCAUACUGCUUAUGUAUAUGUAAUAAACAUGUAAGCUGAA